AUGCUGGACGACGGGCAUCACCACCAGCCACUGUCCCCCAUCAGUGACUCGCCGAAGCUUUCGAGCGCUGGCUUCUCUUUCUUGGUUGUCCGAUAUCGAGUGCCCGCGAAGACCACAUGGGAGGACGUUAAGGCUGAGUGCCGUGUCUCCUCCUGGCUGGUAUCAGGGGACUGGAGGCCACACGUUUUGUCCGAAGAGGACGUCUCCAUCAAGCCCUCGGAGACAGCAACAAGCUCCUCAGAUGACGCAGCGGUCGAUGCGUCGCACUGCGCCACGGUGACGCUGAGGCCUUUGGAGCCCUCCACAGCCUACGACGUGCGUUUGGUGGUGGCGGGCUUCAAAACCAGCGCCCCGCGCAGGUUCCACACCUUGUCUGCGCCGCCCACGCUGGCGCCCAGCUGUCCAAGGCCUGAGGAGCAGGAGUCGAACGAGAACAAUUCCGGCUCGCAGCAGGAAGAGGCGGAGACGGAGGCUCCGCGGGAGAAGGCCUCCGUGGGACCCGUGGCGCCCGCCAUGGGGGAAGCGAUGCCAGCGCGCGUGGUCACAGCAUACCACGACCGCCUCUACUUGGAGUGCUCUGGUGUGGCCCUGAGCAUUUGGCUCACAUGA